GGAAGUGUAGUGGGUGACUCUAUGGUACCAUGGACACCAAAUGUGACAGUGAAGAAGCCCCAACGACCUUCGAAGAUGCCCUCGACAAAACAGGUAACGGCCUGUAUAAUAUUCUGCUCGUGAUGACCUGUUCCCUCAUACUCCUGGCCAUCGGAAUAGACCUGUUCGGCUUCAGUCUGGUGGUGGCAGCAGCUUGUGACCUUCAACUGACCGUCGUGCAGAAAGGGAUCCUCACAUCUUUACCUUUUGUUGGUAUUCUUCUCGUCUCAUACUUAUGGGGCUACGUUUCCGACACCAAGGGACGUCGGUUUACCCUCGUCAUCCCUCUGUUGCUGUCCUUCAUACUCUCCUGCAUCAGCAGUCUAGCUCCACACUGGCUUUUCUUAGGGCUCGUCAAGUUUCUGUGUGUUUGUUUUGCCUGUGCCGCCAACUCUGCCACUUACACGUUGGUAGGUGAGUCCUGUAUACAAAGGGUGAGGAACCGCUACAUGCUGCUCAUGACCUGCCUGAUUCUACUGUCUCCUGCUGUAGCUGGCAUUCUGACCUACCCAACCUUAAAACUGGACUUCGCGAUUGAACUGUCCUGGUUAAACAUAGUCUACAAGCCCUGGAGACUGCUCAUCGUGGUUCUUGCUCUACCGUCGGGGAUAGGAGCACUAGCUAUUUAUUUCUUCUGCGAAUCUCCCAAAUUCCUCUUCAAUUCUGGCAGAAGCGAUGAAGCGUUGGAUGUAUUGAGGCAUAUCUACAAUGUCAAUCAUAGAGGUUCUAAAGAAGAAUACACUGUACAUUCCCUAAGCUUAGGAGAUUAUACGCCAAGGAAGCAGAUGAGCCUCAUCAGAGCGAUGUAUGAGCAAAGUGCUCCCCUCUUCAGACCUCCCUACGUAUGGAGGAGUGCACAGCUGUUCUACAUCGUCGCAGUCGUGUACAUCACGAACAAUAGCUUCUUAGUGUGGCUCCCAUAUAUCCUAAACCUGAUCAGGCUCUCAAUGGACAGCGGAACAGCGACUGGAAACAUUUGUGAGCUGAUCAGCACCAAGCCCUUAGCUAUUGGAAAUUCUACAAAGAAUAUUACCCACGAAGUCUGCACGGGCACCGUAGAGCACAACGUGAUCUUAACUCUCAUUGCCUCCCAAUCAGUCUUCGCUUUCUUCAACUUUCUCAUCUCCUACCUUCAAAAUAGAAGAAGAAUAGUGCUGAUCUGCAUCCUCUGCCUAUCCUCCAUUAGUGGGACCUGCCUCAAUUUGGUACCAGAGCCUAUCUCCAGCGUGUUCUUCUUCAUGGUCUUUACCUGUACUUGCUUGGGUAUGGGCAUCCUGGCCUCUUACUUCGUGGAUAUAUAUCCUACUUCUUAUAGGGGCAUGGCUGCCUGCCUCAGUAUCAUGGUGGGUCGAAGCAGUACAUUCAUCGGCAUCAACGUAGUUGGAAACCUUAUAUUCCACCACUGCCAGGUCACCUUCUACUUGUGGUCUCUUCUUGUUUUAACUAGUGCAGUAGCAGCCUGGUUCCUGCCACCAGACAAGCCAGCAGUUUCAAACACAAAUGUCAAUGAAAGGGUGAAAAUGUUGAAUAAUGCAAAGGUUAAAUCUACGGAUAGCAACGAGCCUGAACAGUGUUGA